GCAGGCUGCGCCGGCCAGUCCGCCGCUAUCGGUGCUCCCGCGCACUGGCGCGCGUCCGCCAUCUUUGAUUUGCAUAUUUCUUAUCGACGUUGUGCUCAUCCGGUUGUGUAUCGAUAGAUUUGUGUAUAUGUAAACUGUCGUCCCUUUAUUUCAGAUGAUAAAGGGAUUGAUGUGUGUGCAUUUUUGGAUGGAUUUGUUAUCGUUUUUGCUUUACGCGUUUUGCUUCGUUGGCGCUGUGAACAUAUGUUUUAAUUGUUAGCACGCCUCGCUUGUCAUACAAUCUGUAUUCAUCACAACUAACUUCGGACCAGAUGGCGUACAAGCUGUGACUAUUCAUCACAAAUGCGAAACCUGAUGGAAGGCGACACCGUCACCACGAGAAAUCUGAUAACACCGAUAAAAAACCUUAGCGGCGAAGGACACGGCACUAUCAAAUCAUUACUGAAAAACUUCAUACUACCAGAAACAGAAAUGGCUAUUAAAGACAACCAAAGCGAUUGCAACAAAUGUGUGUACUCAAUACCUAUCAAACCCACUGUACAUGUGACUGACAGAAUGAAAUCAAUAAUUGAGGCGAAGCAAGCAUUCCUUAACGCUACGGUAAACCCGGCUACUACUUUACCUAAGAAUGAUAAAAGAAAAGAACCGACUAUACACUACGCUCAACUGGACAUCACUACGAGAAGCGAAGAUACUCGGAGUACCGGUGGAGGGAUGAACUUAAGAAAUAGCGGUACUGUUAAAACACAAGAGAAUAGACCGUCAUUAAAUACUACACCCAAUAAGAAGAAAAUUGACCAAAAUCAAAGAAAAGUAAGCUUUAAAAUCAAAACUGCUUCGACGUCUUACAGGCGGCCACCGUUAGCGGCCAAAACUGUGACUUUGACCAGCAGUAAAGUGUCAGAAUUAACACAAAAGUUUAACUUACUCAAUGAAUCUCCCGGGUCCCCGAGACAGUCUAAGCUUGCAAAAACAAUAGAAGAAAUUCAGACUACGCGGUGUUCAGCAAGUAAUAGCUCUACACCUUCCUCUACGCUCAGCUCCAGCCCAAACAUCAAAAUAGUAUUACGACAAAGGCGAGGCUCCAAAAAGCGAAGCAACAAAAAGAGAUGUUCUAGUGUAGAUUCCAUAGAUAAAUUACUACUUGCUGAUAAAUCGUCAGCAAAAAUCAGAGUCAUUCGCUCUAAAUCUGAUAACACCAAAGCAAUAAAAUCACCUAAAAAGCGCUUAAAAUACCAAGAUUUAAGUGAACAGCUGAGUGGUUCUGAUUCAGUUGACGGUGGACCUACAGAAAAAUUGAGCACCAGUGAAGAAGUGCAGGAGAAGAGAACAGAAAGUAACGCAGUUAAAGAUGUUAUAAGAAAAUUCGAAUCUGACAUUAUCGCCCAAUCUAAGUCAAACAAUAAUAACACAUUAAAAAGACAACCUGAUCGAACAAAAAGUACAACACCCGUUAAAGAGAAACCAAAAGUACCUGAAAAGAAAUCAACCCUAGUAUUAACUAAAAAUAUUGUUGUGAAGGAUGGUGUUCCAAAAAUUAAAACAAUUAAACCUGUAAUAAAUGAAUCGCUUCCGAAAAUUAACAUCAAGAAAACAGAAUCAUUAGAAGUUCCAAAAAAGAAGGAACCUAUUUACGACAGGAAGAAAUACAAAACAAAUUAUAUACACACAGAAAAAAUGCCACUAAAAGUAGUUGAAAUUAUUCCUGAAGAUAUUGAAAGCCCAACAACAGUGACAAUUGCUAAUGAUACAAUUGAAACUGCCACAAAUGUUACUAGCAUAAAAAUUAGUAGAACACAGGAAGAAGAAAAGAUUUAUCAAGAUAUCAAAACAGAAAUUACACCAAAUAAAUCCUUUCUUUGGCGAAGAAAAAGUAGUACACAAAUAUACACGGACGUCGAUAAACAAGAGCCGGAAAAUGUUUACAGCUUCGUUACAGUAACUGUCAACGAAAGUACAAUAACUUGCUCCGACGACCAACAAGAAAUCUUGAUACAAGAACAAUCUCAAACUAUAGAAGUCAAUGAAUCUCAAAGUAGAAGUGAUACAAACGAAUCUAAUGAUUUUGAAAGUGAUCUUGUUGAGGCAUACAACAAAGAAAUUCUUGUAGGAUUUACUUCAAAGCCUAAAAUGGAAGCGGUUGCCGAAGAUGAUUACGAAGUACUAGAACCAAGAGAUACAGAAAAUGUUGUGAUAAUACCAAUCAAAACAUUGGAAAGACCAUCUAAAAUAAACUGUCCUUUACCAGAAAUACCCAAAACCAUUACAACUGAUUCUUCGGAAUCUGAUGAUAAAGAAAACAUAUAUCAAUGCCUCUUAGAAAUGAGAUCACAUCCUGAAGGAGACGAAAGCAGUCUUCACAACUACGAAUUAUGUGACAACCAAUUGGAAGAAAGGACUCGUGGAGAUGGAGACAGUGACGACGGAUAUGAAUACUGCAAAUCACCGAUCAAACCGUACUGUUUAACAUCAAGCUCAGGCAUCCAAAUCGCUGAAGAUUACCAACCGUACGCUAAACAUAAUGACAAGAACUACGCGAUAUCGAAGUCAGUAAGCAACACAUCUACAGUGAGCUACGAGAGGAUAGGAUCUGACAGGAUAUACGAGAAGAUUCCUGCACGAACGCUCAAAUCUAAAGACAGCAGUCCUACGUACAGCAGUAGACAUUCGUCCAUGUCCGAUUAUGGGGGUUAUAAUGACGGCGAAAACAUUUACGACACAAUAAAACACGCGGACGGCUCGCUAUCCCAUUGCUACGAGAGCAUACCAAACAGUCCAAGCAUGGUGAAGUUGCGGAACAGUUUGAAGAAGCAACUAGCAUCAGCGGUGCAGAAGAGGUUAUCAUUCGAUACGGUGUCGAAUAUCAGCCAGUCUACGUUGUCGAGUGAACAGAAGACAAACAGCUUGUACGGGCAGCGGUCGGUGAUCAGCUACAACGGGCAGGAGAUCGCGUUCCAGGUACCGAGCAGCGAGACCAGCGUGAGUGACAGGAGCGACGACUGGGUCGACGUGUCUGAUGAGGAAAAGACUGACGAACAGAAAAUUAUUAUCGUCAGGGAGCGCAGUCGGGGAAGGAAAAGUCCCAUCAGCUGGUCUCAAAAAGUCCGGCAUCAAUGGCAGAAAUCUCCCAAGAAAAGCGAUGACAAUGAGUGCGACAGCAGCGACUCGGGGCACCUGUACGAGUCGCUGGAGCCGGCGCCGCCGGUGCCGCCCGCUGCGCACGCGCCGCCCCUCAUACCAGACGACUCCGACUCGUUCGAUAGCGAUACCGACUCAGAUGAACAUGAUAAGUCAACGACAUACGCGCAGGCGCCGCCUUUGCCAGCGUCACGUUUGCCAACGCCACCUAGCGGCGGACAGUACACACUAACAAAAAUAGCCAGCGCCGCUCAGCGUAAAAUGAGACAAAUUAAACGAAAUCUCACUAAAAGAUAUUCUGUGGCUAUGGACGGAAAACCAUCAUCAAAAUCAUCACAAAACGGCACAUACGACAUACCCGUCACUAAAAACAAGAAGGCACCAAUCUACGCCAACUGCGAAAAGCCGGAUAACCACGUGUACAGCAACAUCACCUUUAACGACACCAAAACAGUGCUCAAUAAGACUGAAAAUCCCAUGAAGAAUGGUUUCCAAGAACUGAAGACUGUGGUUGGAGAAAAGAGGCUGAGUAACGGUGAUGUGCCGCCGCCGUUGCCGGACAAACCGCCACCGGAAAAGUCCGAUAAAACGGAAAAGCCGGUCACUCCGACAAGCGAAGGGAAGAAAGACGGCGGCACGCUGUCCAGGAAGGCGUAUUUAUCCUUGAAGUCCCGGUUUAGGCGCGCGACGUCGAUGGCGGUGGACAUCAACGACGUGCCCAGCGCGCUCAAGAUCACGAACUCGACUUUCUACUUGACUGACUCGAUGGAUGGAGACUCAGGGUUCAGCAAUUGCAGUGACCAAGGCCAGGCGAGCGGCAGCGCGGAGACGCUGGCGGGCGCGCGGCGCCGCGACGGUACGCGCAUGCGCCCCUGGGCGGAGUCGUCGCCGUGCCUGGCGCUGGCGCGGCCCUCGGUGCCGCCGCCGCCGCCUCCCCUGGCGCCGCUCACGCCGGACCACACUGACCUUAGCGCUGUCAACGAAGAACUGAAGCGGCUCCUGCCGACGCUGUCUCGGAAGGACAAGAGUCCUCGCGCGCGCACCUCGUGGUACGCGGAGUGCGGCGCGGACCUCACCACGUCCCCUCCCACCGCGUCGACUUCCUGGUACGCGGAGGCCGGUCUGUACCAAGCGGGGAACAUCUCGUCAUCAUCAGGGGCAUCGUCGGGCUCCCACCCCGCCUCGCCCCUGCCGCACUCGCUGUUCACCCACGAGCCUCUCUACCAGUUCUACAACGCGGCUAAAGUUGAGUCGGUGUACCGUGAGACGACAGACUCAGAAUCAGACGCGUACGAAGCAGGCGCGCAAUCGGGCGCUAACACCGGGGGGUCGGACCCCCCGCGCGAGGCCAGCCUGCCGCCCUUGCCGACUGCCCCGCGCCCCUCCGCCAUGGCGCUGGUGGCGCCGCGAGGGCCCGCGCGUACGCUCUGGUGUGAAGUGCCAGAAGUACUGAAUUCCGCUGUACUUAGCUCCCUAGCACCGGUCCAGAAGCGUCUUCAAGAGGCAAAGUUCGAACUCCUUACAUCAGAAGCCUCCUACCUUAACUCCUUGAACGUACUGGAAACUCACUUCGUAGCGCACCCCGCCUUCAGAGACCCCACCACGCUGCCUAGAGACGACUGGGAGACGCUGUUCUCUACCAUCAUUCCAGUCCGCAAAUGCUCUCAACUCCUGAUGAACGAGCUAGAGAAGUGCUGGCAGGAGAACAUCCUGCUGACGGGCAUCUGCGACAUGGUGCGGCGGCACGCGGAGCAACACUUCCAUGUGUACGUGAAGUACUGCGAGAACCAGGCGCUGAUGGUGAAGGCGCUGCAGCGGCUACGAGAAAGGCCUAGCUUCGCGAACGCGCUCAAGAAAUUGGAAAGCCACCCUGCCUGCCAGAGUCUAUCUCUCCACUCGUUCCUGAUGCUGCCAAUGCAGCGUGUGACACGGCUGCCUCUGCUCAUGGACGCCGUGCUCAAAAACCUCUCCUCCGACGACCAGGAGCACGAUGCCUGCAUGCACGCCCUCGCCACGCUCAACAACUUCGUGUCCCAGUGCAACGAGGGCGCCCGCAAUACAGAGCGUGUGGAGGAAAUGUUCCGCCUCUCGCAGAUCAUAGAGUUCCCACCCUCCAUGCGGGACCCGCCGCUACUCGGACCCGCUUGCGGACGGAGGGAUAGAAGGCCGGUUCGCUGGCUGGUCCGCUCCGGCGAGAUGACGCAGUUGGUGUGGAAGAACGACGAGUCGAAGCUAACCUUCGGCAAGAAGUUCCACAAGAUCCCCCUGCACGUGUUCCUCUUCAACGAUCUGCUCGUCAUCACCAAAAAGAAGAGUUCUCCCUGCAGUGAGGAGUACUACGUGGCGCUGGACUACUGCGCGCGGUCGUUGCUGGAGGUGUCGAGCAGCGACGCGGCCGGCGCGGCGCGACAUGCGCUGCUGCUCACCCUGCUCGAGAACAGGGACGGCAAGACGCUCGAGAUGAUGGUGUCGUGUCCAUCGGAGACGGACGCGUCGCGGUGGGCCGAGGCGCUGGCGGGCCCGCGCGCCGAGGCGGGCGAGAGCGUGUACGCGGGCUGGGACUGUCCGCAGGUCGUCGCGCUCUACGCCUAUGCGCCUGCGCAGCCGGACGAGCUGCCCCUCGCCGAGGGGGAUGUCGUCAACGUUACGCGCAAGACCACUGAAGGUUGGUACUACGGCGAGAGGACGCGCGACGGCGAGGCGGGUUGGUUCCCGGGCUCGUACACGGCGGAGAUCGCGUCCCCGCACGUGCGCGCGCGCAACCUGCGCCAACGUUACCGCCUGCUCGCGCUCUCCAGCACAUACCUCGGCCAGAAGAAGCGCACCUGACCCCCCGCCACUCGCCCUCGAACCGGCCCUGCACCCGCCAACAGUACAGUGUUCUAUGCCUGAGUCUUCAAAUUGACACACUUAAUGACCACAAUAUUAAUGACACAAAUCUUGUUGUAUAUGUUUGAUAUAAAAAACAUGUUUUUUCAAUAAGAGCGAGCGAGACGUUUAUCUUUCUCUGUUCAGCCGUCACAAUUUUGUAAGCGUGAUAUUAAAACAUUCAUCUAUAUAUCCCUAGUUAACAUCACAUUAGAUGGUAGAGUGGUGCUAGUAUGUGCAAGAUGUGUUUAUUCACACCGUGUCGAAUCUCAAGUGUUCUUGUGUUAAAUUGUAGCUGAGUAACUAAAGACGAUAUCCGUCCGCAGACUGCCUUAAAUGGUUGAAAGUACGCUUGUGUUGUUCUAAAAUGUUUAUUAUAUAAAAUUAGUUUUUCGAAUUUUGUAACUAGAUGUCAGCACUUAACUAAUCUAAUUUGAUAUUGUAACAUUUGUAAAACCUAUUUUUUUAACAGUAUCAACUAUUUCAUUAAAUAAAACACAUUUACUUACAAUCAACGCAAUCAUGGACUAAUGGACCAAGAUUAUAUAUUAAUAUUUUUAUUGAUGAAAUUAAUAAAAUCUUUAUGAAUUCUAUAAGAUUUUUCAGUGAUACUAUCUAAUAUUUACUUAAUGAUUGUUGAAGUUUGAGUAUAUGCGGACAUUAACAUUAAAAUAAGUAAUGCUGAUGACGAAUAUUUCGAUAACAUGAAGAGAGAAUGUUUUCUUUUUUUUGUUUAUUUGUAUUUACACGAACAUAAAAUUAAAGGCAAAUAUAAAGGCGAAAAUUUGACCACAAAAAUAUAUUUAUGAAAAAUAAAGACCAUUCUAUGACUCCAAACCCAGAAUUUUUAAUAUUUCAUCGAUAUUACCAAAAAAAAAUUUAAACAGCAAAAUAGUUUUUUUUUUUUAAAGAAAGGUUUUAUAGUAUGUAUUAUCUUUGGUGUAAAAACUUUCGCUUUUAAAUUCCCAAAUUUUAGUUGUGAAUUGUACAGUUACGAAUGAGAUUUGCAACAUAUAUAUGUACAGUAUUGUAAGGACAUAUAAAAUAACUAGCGCUAAAUCGUUUAACUUUAGUUAUGUUUAACUGGCACUUGGCCGCUAUUCGUUAAUCGUAGUAUCUAGUCAUAUUGUAUAUGUUGGAAACUGAUUGGUUAUUAGUUGUAAGCAUUAUUGAUUAUUGUUUCCUUUGCUUAUAAAAACAAUGCGGACAAGUUGACAGUUCUAUGGAUGGUUGAGCCGAGUUCCUGGAGAUAAGGUUUUUUUUUCUAAAAUCGUGGGAUGUUAGUUGGGGAUAACUUUAUAAAAAUAUUAAUAUAUUUUUAUUCGAUUGUAAUUUUGAUCAAGGUUUUAAAAAAUAUAAUACAAUAAAAAAAAUAUGUUUCAACUUAGGAAUCCGGCCAUCUGUUCCAAUCAUAUAGAGAUAGUAAUAUGUAUAUUAUAAUGAAAUUGUAAAGUAUCCAAGAUUUUGUAAUGUAUUGAUAUGGACGAUAAAUUAUUAAAUUACUUGCAUUGUACUUAAGUAAAUUAUUGUUUGUAAAUAGAUAAGUACAUGCGUAACAUAUUCAAUAAACGAUAUGUAUUAUAA